UAAUGGCUAUUAAUUUAGAAACGAACCUCUUUUUCAGAUUUUAAAAUAUUUUUAUCUGAUCUAAUUAAAACCUAGUAUCUUAAACCCAUCUUUUGUAUCAUAGCACUUUACAGAAAAGUUAAGCUAUAAUUAUCCAAUAUACAGAACAAAUUGUAGAAAAAUACAAUAAAUCCAAAUAUAUAUAAUUAUCAGGAGUGCUUCAUUGUUAAUGUAUGUGAAAUGCAUUGCAUUUAUAUGCAUAUUUAUAAGACCCCAAGCUUAAUUAAUGUAACAUUUUUUUCAGGGUAUGUUUGAACCAUCACGUUUAUAUACAUUUUCAAUCAAUCUUUAUAAUCAGUUAUUAUAAAAUUUUAAAAAGUGAUACUCAAGCUGAUACUUUCAUAUUAAGUAGGCCCAUGUAUUUUUUAAGUAGGGCUACUUGAAAUGGCCUUUCUUAGUCCCAAAGAGCAUAGUUCAAAAUUCAUACUCGAUUUAUUUAAUGCUUGAGGGAGAUUCAUUUACCCACAUAUUUAAAUUAAAUACCCACUCUCUAAAUUCAAGUUUUUCAUACAUGUUCAUCAUAAGUUAAUAUAAAGUAAAGGCUGUACACUUACUGCGCACUCUCCACCUUUUGAUGGGAGGAGAGAGAGAGAGAGAGAGAGAGAGAGAGAUAGAGAAGGUAACUGACGCGCAGGUUUGUUUUCAUAUGGAUCUUUUGUGCGCGUUUACAACUAUCUGAGCAUCUGUCGAAAGUUGCACAGGGCCGCAAACGGAUAUUUUCUCCUCAAUGGUAAGUGGAUCUAUGUCUAAUUCUAUAUAUCAUCUUUUAAAGUUUUUGUGAAGUUUUGUCAAGUAUUAGAAGUAGUUCCUGUUGUUGAACAAGCAUGCUGAAAUAUGCGACAGUAAUUAAUGAGCCUGAUUUCGCACAAUUAAAAGAUAAGAGUUUUUUUAAGUUGAAAUGAAUGGUGAUUGAGACACAAUCAAAUCACAUUUGUUCAUACUGUAUUUCUGCUGUUAUUGUUUAUUCACCCGUGGGUGAAUUCACUUAGUUUCUUACAUUUAUUUUUGUUUUUCAGUGAUUAUUUGUCCACACAUUAAACUUUCUACAUCUUCAUUUGUCAUUUCAGCUUCAAAACCAUGUCACAGUUAUGUAAAUUAUCCUGCAGACAGUUACUAAAGACUAUCACAUUUUUGAUUAAUUUGUCUAGUAAAGUAGGCUACAUAAAAUUACACACUGAGGUCGCUGAAGUUACCCAGAUGGACUAAAGAUUUGUCUUUAUUUCAGACAUGUGGAGAAAGAGCGUGUGUGAGGGGUGUAAUGAGCUCAUCCGGGACAGGUACCUGCUCCGCGUGCAGGACGGACUGUGGCACGAGCGCUGCCUGCACUGCGCAUCAUGUCGCGAGCCUCUGAAAGACACCUGCUUCCUCCGCAAUAAGACACUCUACUGCAAGCGAGACUACCAGAAAUUGUUUUUGGUACGGUGCAAGGGCUGCGCAGAGGUCAUUUCUCCGGCCGAGCUGGUGAUGCACGCAGGCCCUGCGGUUUUCCACCUGCGGUGCUUCUGCUGCUGUGUGUGCGCCUGCAGGCUGCAGAAGGGAGACCGCUGUGUGCUUACAGGGGACAGGCUUUUCUGUGCCAGAGACUAUCACAACCAACUGGCCAGCCCAACCACCUCCGACUCAGGUAAAAGUGAAGAUGUUGAGGAGGAAGAGGAUGAUGAAGACAACAUUAAGACUGCAGGGGACUCUAACACAAUAGGAGACUUGGAACACAAGAGACCAAAAAGACCCCGUACCAUCCUUACAACACAGCAGAGACGUGCUUUCAAAGCUUCUUUUGAGGUCUCAUCCAAACCAUGUCGAAAGGUAAGGGAGACGCUGGCAGCAGAGACAGGAUUGAGCGUACGAGUCGUUCAGGUCUGGUUCCAGAACCAAAGAGCCAAGAUGAAAAAACUGGCAAGAAGACAACAGCAGCAGAAGCAAAGUGUGCCCUCUCAGGAGAAAAGGGAUAGCCAAUCACAACACACUGCGCCCUCUUGUGGAGUUCUGUCUGCUGAGCUGGAGUGCGCAGGUUCAUAUUCACUUACCCAGCAGAAUAUCAGUCUGGACUCACGAAGCUUCAAGUUGGACCCCUUCAGACAGGGCCUUACCCCUCCUCAGAUGCCUGGAGACCACAUGCAUCCCUAUGGUUGUGACACACUCUAUGACGAUACAGACAGUGACCCUCUGUGUCAUUUUGGAGACUGUAUAUCGUCUAGUGAACCCUCACUUUUAACACCGAUCGACCGAUUGUAUUCAAUGCAAGAUUCUUAUUUUGCCUCUUGAGUGUCAUUCAGACAGCUCAGAAAAGAUAUGGGGAGAGAGUGCAAGUGUAUGUAUGCUUGUGUGUGUAUUCUGCUUAUGCAUGUUUUUUAGGGUAGAAAUGGUUGUGACUGGCAACAAUGGAAAUGUACUGUGAUGAAAGUGUUCUUUGUGUAAUUUGUAUUUAUUAUUUUAUGUGUAAUCUGGACUGAAUUACAAUAAAAUGCUGCAAAAAAAUGUAUUUAAAACAGCCAAUGAGUUGGCAAU